AUGUCACUGAAUCUACGAGAAGUGCGUUUCUGUUCUGCAGGAGAAGUCGUCAGAUUGACACAAACAGGUCUGAAGGAUGACCUCGUGGAGUUCCGACCCUUCUCCAACGGAUCUUUAUUCCAGACCUUCCUUUCGAGAAAUGUCUCGCUCAGAGGUGCAGACGCUUCAGGGUGGCCACCUCGGCGCUAUCUCACGUCAUGCAUCUGGGAUUCGCAGCGCCGCUCGAUGAUUGUCUUUGGUGGAACUCUUGACGGUGCGCCUCUGUUUGGCUCUUGGGGCAGCUCGGCUGGGACUUCGGACCGCCGCUACCAUCCGACCCAAACGGACGAACUUUGGGAGUACCACUUUGACACAAGCACCUGGACGGACCUCACCGCAAGUGCGAAGACGAACUCCGCGUCCUCACCAAGUGCACGCGCUUACCACACGGCUGUCUGGGAACCCGCAACCGACACCAUGUACGUCUAUGGAGGCACAAAGUAUUCGGAGACCACGCAAAGUUUGCAGACCUUCAGAAACGACAUGUGGGCUUACAUCCGCGGCGACAACAAGUGGGAACAGCUGGUGACAGCAAUGCCAGCUGCGCGGUUCGGUCACAUGGCUGCUGCCACGGGUACCUCCAUGUCUUUGGCGGCAUUAUCGAUGGCGUUCCUUUCGGAGGGAGAGACUGCCUUUGGAUCUUCUCCUACUCGAGCCAGAGCUGGAGCAACAUUGGCAGCACUGCUGGCACCGACGCAUGCCCCAGCGGGUCCUUGUUUGGUUCAGCUACGUUCGAUGGCUGCCGGAAGAAGGUUCUCUUCUACGGGUUCCAGGGCGGUGACCCCUUCAAGCAGUAUGGAGUUGAGGCUUAGGUCUGCAGCUAGGCCCAGCCUCGGCUCUCCGAAAAGGAGUUCCGAGGUAAGUCGCCUUUUGCAGAUUCAGGCCCUCCUCGCCUUUGCAGUAUUUUCCAGUGAAGGUUGUUGUUGCAAGGUCGAGAGGGUCAAACAAGUGCUAAGUUAUCAUUUAAGUUUGAAUUGCAUAGCAAGUUCUGAAAGCUCCCACUGA